CUGGUAAAUCCUGAAGGUGGCUUCCGCGCUCCGUGUGGAGCGCACUCAGUGUACGACAGUAUAUUAUCCACAGAUCAUAUCCAGAGGACAAGUUAGAGAUUAUAUAAAACUGUAUUCUGGUGAGAGGGGAAUGAGCUGUUCGAAGUAAACUGAUCUCGAUUAGGAAUAGUUUAGUCUACCGCAUACAGUGCAGUGCCUACUCUCCGCGUGAAGACAGGGGCGACAUCAGACAUCGCACUCCGAGUGGACCUAUAUUAAAACUGAUUUCAAAUGGACUACACAAAAGGACUGGACAAUAUCUAGUCACAGUACACAGAAACUCCAGAGGACUUUACUGUGUUGGGGAUCGUAAGACAGCAGCUGCAUACCUCAUAGGAUAUCCCAAGUUGUAAAGGAGGAUGGGGUGUGUGUGGCUGGUGAUGGUGUAUGUGGUGUGUGUGUGCCUUUGGGGUCAGAGCGAGUCGGACAGGACCAACCAGGCCUCUCCCAUCCAUCUGCAGGUUGGCAAUGGAGCCUCAGAACUGUGUAUGAUAGAUGUGAUUCUGUGCCAGGAUGAGAAUGCGUUGCUGAGUUUCGAGGCGAUCCGUAGCAUCCACAAACUGAUGGAUGAUGAUGCGGAUGGAACCGUGGACAUGAGCGAGACAGACGGGUUCCUGAGGGAGGAUCUGAAGUACCAUGACCCCAAAGGGAAACACAACAGUUUCCAUGGAGCAGACCUUCUCAUCAGUGUAGAGGACAUGUGGAACGUAUGGAGGGCCUCGGACGUGUACAACUGGACAGUGGAGGAGGUGGAGGACUGGCUCAUACACUAUGUGGAGCUCCCUCCGUAUGUGGACAUCUUCAAGAAGCACAAUCUGGACGGAAGGGCCUUACCCAGGUUGGCAGUAAAGAACAUCACUCUCACUCUGUCCAUUCUGAAGAUUAUUGACCGGAGUCACGCCCAGAAACUACAACUGAAAGCAAUGGACACCGUGCUGUUCGGACCACCACUCAUGAGCAGACACAGCUACCUGAAGGACCUGAUGUUGGUAGUCUCCAUAGUGAUGGCGCUGGGUGGCUGCUGGUUUGCUUACAUCCAGAACCGUAGCUCCAAAGACCACCUGGGCAAGAUGAUGAGGGACCUGGAGGGCCUACAGAGAGCAGAGCAGAGCCUGCACGACCUGCAAGAGAAGUUGCAGAUCGCCCAAGAGGAGCAUCGUAGUGUGGAGGUUGAGAAGGUAACGUUGGAGCAACGUCUGAGGGAUGAGAUCAACGAAGCCAAGCAAGAGGCCCAGAGACUCGGUAAGCUACGGGAGGGAACAGAGAACGAGUGGAGCAGGCAGAAAUACGCCGAGGAAGAGCUGGAUCAGGUGCGUAUGGCCCUGAAGAAGGCAGAGCGGGAGCUGGAGUCUCGGGCCUGCUGGUCUCCCCCUGAUGCCCUUAAGACCUGGCUGCAGCUGACCCAUGAGAUAGAGGUCCAGUACUACAACAUCAAGAAACAGAGCGCUGAGAAACAACUACUUCAGGCCAAAGAAGGGGCUGACAAGAUCAAGAAGAAGAGGAGCACCCUGUUUGGGACGUUCCAUGUGGCUCAUAGCUCCUCCCUGGACGACGUUGAUCACAAGAUCCUGACUGCCAAGCAGGCUCUAGGUGAGGUGACGGCUGCUCUGAGGGAGAAACUUCACCGCUGGCAGCAGUUGGAGUCUCUUACAGGCUUACCAUUGGUCAAUAACCCCGGUCUGCCCGCCCUGGCUGCUGCCCUCAACCUGGACCCCGCCUUCCUGGGCCUGCACCCGCCGACCCCGCAGCACCUAAUCCUAUCAGACGAUUUAGACGACAUGGACGAGGAUAUCCUGUCCCCAGGGACGCUGCGGUACGCGGCCUGGCAGAUGGACCGGCGAGUGAGUGACCUCUGGCCAAUGAGCGGCAUCUCCGACAGCCAAUCCCCAUGGAAGUAUUCUGCUCCCAACCUGAUGCCCCUGCGACAGCGCCCGGGAGACCCCUCACUGGCCCUGGGCUAUCAGAGGGAUCUGAACUGGUCUGACUCAGACCCCUCCCUCUUCCUGUCCCAGAGCCAAUCACAGCGCACCUCCAUAUCUAAGACCCUCCCACCAAAGCCCCUCACCCAGCAGGGCCACAGCUCCAAUGGGAGCAGGGCUCCCAUUGAAAGCCCCCUGAUGAUGUCAUACGGCCUGGAGAAGAGUUCCAGUCUCGGGGAGCUCCGCGGCGGAGGAAGUCCCGCCCUCGCCCCUGCUUACUCCACACACUCCCUAUGCCCCGCCUCCUUUGACCCUGAUGCACGGUCGGGGAAGGAGGACAGCCGUAUUCCCCACAUGCAGGCAAAGAAGAGCCCCCUGGAAGAGGACAGCUGUUUCACGGGUGAAGGGAUCGACUUGAGCAACGAGCGCAAGAAACACACCUUCAAGAUAUUCAAGAAGAGGAAGUAGGCGUAAAAUCACUCUGUCCUCACAGGGAGGCACCACAGAGAAAGAGCUACACUCCCAUUGUUCACACUAUAGGCUAGCAUACCACUUAGAAUAAACCAGUGUAUUGGGCAUGCAUUCGAAGGAGUCUACAACUAGUAUGGAUAUUAGAACAUGGCUGUGGACUAAGAAUAAAUAAGUGACAUGGUCUAAAGACAUAUACAUAAAUGACAUGAAUUAAAGAAAAAUAAAUAAGUUCCAUGGACUAAAAACAAAAAAAGAAGUUACAUAGACUAAAGCAAAAUAAAUAAGUUACGUGGACUAAAGAAGACCUAGAUAAAUGGCAUUUACAUCGAUGCGAUUCUCGUCUAAUGCCUUAUCGGAGGUGUCUCUCUCUGGACAUACCAGUUCAACUCCCACUCUUUUCUAAUAGCUCUUUGCUUUUCAUACAGCGUUACCACUGUAGGCCAAGCCUUGAAGAAAUGUUUAAAGCUUUAAAUGCUAAUGCAGCAAUAGUUAAAGAUAUUAUUUAUAAAGUUGUUUUGUGACCAUACAGGCCAGUAAGGUUUUAUUUGAUAUUAUUUUUGUAAUUUCUAAUUUUAUGGGUACUUAAGUGUUUUUUUGUUUGUUUAUGUUUUGAAGGGGGUUUGGUACUUUACUUUUCCGGAGGCUGUGGGUACAGAUAGAUCACAUAUGUUCAAUAUUUAUAUAUAUGAAUGGAGUUGAUUCCAGUCAAAAGUUUUGGCACACCUACUCAUUCAAGCGUUUUUCUUUAUUUGUACUGCUUUCUACAUUGUAGAAUAAUAGUGAAGAAACCUAUGAAAUGACACAAAAAAAAGUGUUAAACAGUUCUAAAUAUAUUUUAUAUUUGAGAUUCUUCCAAGUAGCCACCCUUUGCCAUGAUGACAGCUUUGCACACUCUUGGCAUUCUCUCAACCAGCUUCAUGAGGUAAUCACCUGGAAUGCCUUUCAAUUAACAGGUGUGCCUUGUUAAAAGUUCAUUUGUGGAAUUUCUUUCCUUAAUGUGUUCGAGCCAAUCGGUUAUGUUGUGACAAGGUAGGGGUGGUAUACAGAAGAUAGUCCAAUUUGGUAAAAGACCAAGUCCAUAUUAUGGCAAAAACAGCUCCAAUAAGCAAAGAGAAACGACAGUCCAUUAUAACUUUAAAACAUGAAGGUCAGUCAAUCCGGGUAAAAUGUCAAAACUUUGACAUUUUCCUCAAGUACAGUCGCAAAAACCAUCAAGCACUAUGAUGAAACUUGCUCUCAUGAGGACCACCACAGUAAAGGAAGACCCAGAGUUACCUCUGCUGCAGAGGAUAAGUUCAUUAAGAGUUACCAGCCUCAGAAAUUGCAGCCCAAAUAAAUGCUUCAUAGACACAUCUCAACAUCUAUUGUUCAGAGAAGACUGCGUGAAUCAGGUCUUCAUGGUCGAAUUCCUGCAAAGAACUAAAGGACACCAAUAAGAAGAAGAGACUUGCUUGGGCCAAGAAACACGAGCAAUGGACAUUAGACCGGUGUAAAUCUGUCCUUUGGUCUGAUGAUUUUUGGUUCCAACCGCCGUGUCUUUGUGAGACACAGAGUAGGUGAACCGAUGACCUCUGCAUGUGUGGUUCCCACCGUGAAACAUGGAGAAGAAGGUGUGAUGGUGCUUUGCUGGUGACACUGUCAGUGAUUCAUUUAGAAUUCAAGGCACACUUAACCAACAUGGCUAACACAGCAUUCUGCAGCGAUACGCCAUCCCAUCUGGUUUGGGCUUAGUUGGACUAUCAUUUGUUUUUCUACAGGACAGUGACCCAAAACCCCUCCAGGCUGUGUAAGGGCUAUUUGACCAAGAAGGAGAGUGAUGGAGUGCUGCAUCAGAUGACCUUGCCUCCACAAUCACCCGACCUCAACCCAAUUGUGAUGGUUUGGGAUGAGCUGGACUGCAGAGUGAAGGAAAAGCAGUCAACAAGUGCUCAGCAUAUGUGGGAACUCAUUCAAGCCUGUUGGAAAAGCAUUCCAGGUGAAGCUAGUUGAAAUAAUGCCAAGAGUUUGCAAAGCUGUCAAGGCAAAGGGUGGCUACUUAGAAAAAUGUCAACUAUUAAAUAUAUUUUGAUUUAUUUAACACUUUUUUGGUUACUAUGAUUCCAUAUGUGUCAUUUAAUAGUUUUGAUAUCUUCACUAUUAUUCUACAAUGUAGAAAAUAGUAAAAAUUAAGAAAAAACCUUGAAUGAGUAGAUGUGUCCCACAUUUUUUAAGGUGCUUUUUAGUCCAAGUUUAGGCUCAAUCCAUGUCUGGGAAACCGGCCCAAUGUAUCCUGCCAAAGAUGUACGCUACCGUUCAAAAGUUUGGGGUCACUUAGAAAUGUCCAUGUUUUUAAAAGAAAAGCACAUUUUUUGUCCAUUAAAAUAACAUCAAAUUGAUCAGAAA